AUGUGGGACCAGUCAAGAUUGGUGGACGAUUCGUAUACGCCAGAUGCAGCAGAAACUAUCCAGAUUUCAUCGCUCGCUCUGAUAAAAAUGCUGAAACACGGGAGAGCAGGAGUGCCCAUGGAAGUCAUGGGCCUGAUGCUUGGCGAGUUUGUUGAUGAGUACACAAUACGCGUAACAGAUGUCUUUGCAAUGCCGCAGAGCGGUACAGGCGUGAGCGUAGAAGCCGUUGAUCCUGUGUUCCAGACCAAAAUGAUGGAUAUGCUAAAGAUCACAGGAAGAGGCGAGAGCGUGGUGGGCUGGUAUCACUCCCAUCCAGGAUUUGGGUGCUGGCUGUCAAGCGUGGAUAUCAACACGCAAUCAGCCUUCGAGCAGCUCUCUAAAAGGGCAGUAGCUGUGGUGAUUGAUCCAAUUCAGAGCGUGCGAGGUAAAGUCGUUAUUGAUGCAUUUAGACUAAUUCCAAUGCAGAAAUCAAUCACUGGAGUGGAGCCAAGACAGGUAACAUCGAACAUUGGGUAUCUCACUAAGCCCACGCUUGUGAGCAUGCUGCACGGGCUGAACAGACACUACUACUCCAUCAAUAUCCAGUACAAAAAAAACGAGCUAGAAGAGAAUAUGCUUCUGAGUCUGCACAAGAAGACAUGGGCAGACUGCCUGAAGAUGGAGAGCGUGGCAGAGUUUGAGAAGAAGGCAGGGACGCGGAAGAAGUUCAUAAAAGAGCUGGGAGUCUCUCUGAAGAAGAGAAUAGAGGAGGAGAAAGCUGUGAAAGAGCAGGGCCUUGAGUUUGAGACAGUAGGAAAGAUGGACAUCCGCAGAAGAAUCCUGCACGAGUCGGAGGCGCUGAUGAGUGAAAAUACAAUGCAGCAGCUCAUUGCGCACAUUCAUAACAGAAUAUUCUCGUAA